AUGUCUACCAGCAAGUACGCCAAUCUGCCAGACGUGGAUACGUCUGCAGCAGACAUUUUUGAGACAGAGGACGUGGCCUAUACCGCUAGCAAUAAUCAGGACGCCUACGACUCUGAUGACUCUUUGUCCAGAUUGAACAUGCUCAACGCUGCAAGCGGAACGGGACUAAACAAGGAUCUCAGGUCUGGUCCGGUCGAGAACAUCGAUGCUAGUUCUCUGCCACCGAGGAGAGAAGCGGGAAAGGUAUUUGGGAAGCGGAGCAAGGGUCUCGGCGAUAAUGCCUCAACUUAUACCUUUCGACCAAGGCUACCAGCGCUUUAUUUGAAAGGCGAAGGCUCGUUCUCCGACUCCGACUCCGGUGAAGACAGUCUUGGCACCGGUUCGACAGCUCAGCGCACUCGUCGUUUCCGGGAAGACCCGGUCAACAAGCUUCGACGACUCAAGCUCGAAUGCCUGGAGCUUCAGAGACAGCUCGAGCACGAAGCGCAGAUCGAUGGGGACCAGAAGGAUAAGGAGGAUGGUGUAGCCGAGGGGACGGAUCCUGAGAAGGGAUACCAAGAUGGGAAAAGGAAACACCGGGCAAAGAAGCCCGACACUCAGGCAUUGUUGGCCCAGUUGCUAGAACUCCGUACGGGGCUGGACAAGACGGAGCAGGCUUCGGUACUGAGGGUGGGAAACACAGGGCUCGAUAACGAGCGGCUCAGAGCGAGGGAGGAGGCUAGCAAGGGGUUGGUAGACAGGCUCGGUGCGAAAUCCGAUACCCCAGUUGCAGGACAGGUUCAACCGGGAAAAGCAAUCGAGGUCAAGCCCAGCCCUCAGACCGAGCUGCAGGACGUCCAAGUCGCUACGGAAUUGGACAGGCGGCUGGACUUGCUGGAAAAGCGUAUCGGGGCCGGUAUCGAUACCGCUUCUGCCCCUGUGCCCAUCCUCUCUUCGCUCUCUCGCUUGGAAUCCAUCCUGACGAUGUUGUCGCAACCGGAUCAAUUGGAUGGCGUCUCCACGCGGGUCAAGCUGGUGCUGGCCGAUUUGGACAAGACUAGAGCAACGCCGAACAAUAAAAGCGGCAUUUCCACCGACAAGAAUAACGCAGACUUCAAGUUGAACCCCUCCGAUGCCCAAAAGGUCGAAGCCAUCUACACCGCCCUUCCACGCAUCGAACCCCUCGUACCUCUUCUCCCACCGCUGUUGACUCGUCUGCGGAGCCUUGCAUCAUUGCAUGCGGGCGCAUCGUCUGUCCAGUCCACCCUGACCCGGCUCGAAAUUGACACCGCCGACAUGAAGGAGACGGAUUCAGAAAUCAAAGAGGUCUUGGACAGGUUGGACGAAGGGAUCUCCAAGCAGGCCGAGGCGAUGAAGGGCAAUUGGGACAGCUUGAGCGAACGGCUCGAACUGUUGAACGAGCGGGUCGCAAAGCUUCAUGGCUGA